AUGGUUGAAUUCAGUGAUGAGAAGCAGAAAGCUUCGCAUAUUCAAUGGGAUAGCGUGGACGUAGAAGCUGGCGAAGGAAGAGAGCGGCCAACCUUCCACCGUACAAAUUCCAACAUCUCUAUUCACAGCUCGCACAGCAGAAGAGGUUCUAUCGAUCUUGCCUCAGCACUGCCGAUCCAGUAUCGUACUGUUUCCUUCCAGAUUGCUGAGUCCAAGGACAAAGGCACAGCCGACAUCAAGAAGGCAAAAGAUUCCGCUGCAAAAGAGCUCAGCGAUCUCGAUUGGCACACCAUAACUCCAGAUGAGAUCUACACUCGGCUCUCCAGCUCUCCAACACAAGGCCUCUCCUCAGAACAAGCAAAGCGUCGCCUCACAGAAUAUGGAAAGAAUACUCCCUCGGCUCCGCCAACUCAUUACUUCCAGACAAUCUUCGGAUAUUUCUUCAAGGGCUUCGGAUCAAUCUUGCUCGUCGGUUCCAUCCUCGUCUUCGUCGCCUGGAAGCCGCUUGGCGACCCUCCAGCGCAAGCGAAUCUGGCACUCGCAAUCGUCCUGCUGGCUGUGUUCUUCAUCCAAGCUGCCUUCAAUGCUUGGCAGGACUGGUCGUCCUCUCGCGUCAUGGCAUCUAUCACCACGAUGCUUCCGGACUCUUGCUUGGUUCUACGUGACGGUGCAAGAGUGACCGUCAUGGCGUUCGACAUUGUUCCCGGCGAUAUCAUAUUCAUCAAGGCUGGUAAUAAGCUGCCUGCUGAUUUGCGAUUUGUAGAGAUCUCCUCGGAUGCGAAGUUCGAUCGAUCGAUCCUUACCGGCGAGUCGGCUCCCCUAUCCGGAACAGUCAUGACCACCGACCUCAACUAUCUCGAAACUAGGUGCAUUGGCCUACAGGGUACACAUUGUGUCUCUGGAAGUGGUACGGGUAUUGUCGUUUCCACAGGAGACUCGACCGUGUUCGGCAAGAUUGCAAAGUUGACCAACGCACCAAAGACGGGCUUGACCCCUCUGGAGAGAGAAAUCUUUGACUUCGUUAUAAUCAUUUGCUCAAUCAUGUUUGUCAUGAUUCUUGUGGUUAUAAUCGUUUGGGCUGCUUACUUGCGCAAGGAGCACCCAGGAUGGAUUACCGUUCCCCUUUUGAUCGUAAAUUGUGUUUCCGUUGCCAUUGCGUUUAUUCCAGAGGGCCUGCCUAUUGCUUUAACGGCUUCACUCACUAUCACAGCGAAUAUCAUGCGAAAGAACAAGAUCCUUUGCAAGUCGUUGAAGACUGUCGAGACUCUUGGAUCCGUGAGUGUAAUCUGCUCUGACAAGACCGGCACCCUCACCAAGAACCAAAUGUUUGUUACCGAAUGUAGCAUAGGCAUGUAUAACAUGACACCGGAGUCAGCUCUGGAUGAGAUGAUGCUUUACGGGCGAGAUAUGAAGGAGGGUCACACAUCUAACGCUGUCGCGCAACUCCGAUCCGCGGCAGGUUUGUGCAACUCGGGAGAAUUUGACGCUGGAACCUUCAACCUGCCUAUCCAUGAGCGCAAAAUCAAUGGCGACGCCACGGAUCAAGCUGUGCUACGAUUCUCCGAGUCUCUCGGCCCGGUAUCUGAGCUCCGUAAGAUGUGGAAGAAGAACUUCGAGUUGGCAUUCAAUAGCAAGAACAAGUAUAUGAUCCGGACUUUGGAACUGGUCGAAAAGGAGGGCCUUGAUAUUGCACUCCCCAACUCUGAAGCAGCUACUUUCAGACCCAAGGAUACCCUUCUCAUGAUCAAGGGAGCGCCGGACGUUCUUAUUGGUCGCUGUUCAAAGUACACAAACAUGGAGGGGGACACAAGAGACCUGGACAACACCACCAGAGCCAAGAUCGAGGUAAUCAAGAACGAAUGGUCUGCUCAAGGAAAACGAGUCAUUCUUUUGGCCCGCAAGAUAAUCCCUAAAGAACAACUCAAUUCUGCACCAUCAUCGACUCACUUCGAGGACGAGAUCUCGCACCACGCCCGUACUGAGCUCACCCUAGUUGGCAUUGUAGGUAUCGUCGACCCUCCCAGGGACGAGAUUCCUUCCGUCGUUAAGACGCUGAGAAGAGCCGGAAUCCGCAUCUUUAUGGUUACCGGAGAUUUUGCUCUGACUGCUCAAGCCAUCGCAACUGAAUGCGGAAUCAUCACCAACCCACCUCACUUAGUUAAAAAUGUCUCGGCUCUUGCUAGAGAAGACGCCUACUCUGUUUCUGGAGAGUCUAUCCGGAAUGACAAGGUUGUCGGGCAUGUUCCAUCCAACGACGGCGGCAAGACUUCCAUCACUAUCAGCGGUCCCGAGUUAAUCACUCUCAAUCAAUACCAGUGGGAGCAACUCUGCAAGUAUGAUGAGAUUGUGUUCGCUCGGACUACACCCGAGCAGAAGCUUCGUAUUGUUCGGGAAUUCCAGGGUAAAGACGAGAUUGUCGCUAUGACUGGUGAUGGAGUCAACGAUGCUCCGUCCCUGAAGGCCGCGGAUAUCGGAAUUGCGCUGGGAAGUGGCUCUGACAUUGCUAUCGAAGCCGCAGAUAUGGUCCUCCUCGAGUCCUUCUCUGCAAUCGUUGAAGCUGUCCAGUAUGGACGAGUCGUCUUCGAUAACCUGAAGAAGACCAUCGCAUACCUCCUGCCCGCCGGAUCGUUCGCGGAGUUCUGGCCUGUCAUGACCAACACCCUGUUUGGCAUCCCGCAAAUUUUGUCCUCCUUCCUCAUGAUCAUUAUCUGCUGCUUCACCGACUGCGCAGCGGCCACCGUCCUGGCAUACGAAACCCCCGAAGCCGACGUCCUCCUCCGCAAGCCGCGCAAGCCGAGGACGGACCGCCUGGUCGACUGGCAGCUGAUCCUGCAAGCCUACGGCAUCAUCGGCGUCAUCGAGACGGUGUGCUCCUUCGCCAUGGGCUUCUGGUACAUCGAGCGCCAGGGCAUCUCCUUCUCGCACCUCUGGUUCAAGUACGGGGACCUCCCCGCGACCAUCGACCCGGCCUUCGCGGCACACCAGUACAACGUCGGCUCGUCCAUCUACUUCAUGAGCCUGGUCGUCAUGCAGUGCUUCUCGCUGAUGUGUCUCCGGACGCGCCGCCUGUCCAUCUUUCAGCACCCGCCCCUCUUCAACCCGCGCACGCAGAACUGGUACCUCUUCCCAGCCAUGGCCUUCGCACUGAUCAUGGCUGUCUUCUGGCUGUACGUCCCCAGGUUCCAGGAGGUGCUAGGCACGACCGACGUCCCCGUCGAGCACUUCUUCCUCCCGGCUGCCUUCGGCCUGGGCAUCCUGUUCCUGGACGAGGCGCGGAAGUGGGCCGUGAGAAGGUGGCCGGGUGGCUGGCUCGAUCGAUGCGCUUGGUAA